ACUUCACGCAUUUUGUGCGCAUAAGAAUGUAGUUCCCCGCUGAAGUAAAUUUGUUUUAAAUAUACUUGUAAAAUAAUAAGAUAAAAUUUUAAUUUAAUACCAUAUAUAUUUAAAGAAGCCAAGUCUAAAACAUUACGUAUUUACCUCAAAUUGCAAGAAAACAUAGCAAGGAACGCACUGAUCCAAAUAAAAAUAGUGGAUGCGACAGGGGUCACUUUUACGACAGUAACAAGAACGUCCUACGUGUUUUACAACCCGUCGUCCGUGACGGUGGGACUCGGGCCCGCAAUUUGCUCCAGCUGUUUUUUCUAGCGCACCAUUUCUCCCGGGAAUGAUUUCUCCCUAUUCGUGAGAACCAGCACUCGACAUGGGAGCGGCGCAGGCCACGUUCGGCACCUGACAAAGAUGCGCCGCGUCCUGCUGACGCUUUCGACGACACGAUGGUAUCCUUCCCGAAGUCGUGGUCUCUGUCAUCGAGGCACGGUCGUAGGGGUCCUCGCUAUGCCAGGGGCCAGACGCGAACCAUCAGCGAAGGCGAAGAUCAGUUGGCCUUCGUAUUCACCGACGGUGAGGACAGCUUGCUUCACGAGCUCGACGGUGACGACGCGGCAACGGAGCUUCGGCAACGAGCUGGUGGUGGCUCCUCGGCGAAUGGUUUCUGGGAAUCUGGCGAUCGUCCGCAGUCCCGCAAAGAAACGCCGGUGUUCGAGCAUAAGAUCGUCGAAGGAGAGACGCUGCAGGGACUGGCACUUCGCUACGGCUGUUCGGUGGGAACCCUGCGGCACUUGAACAACCUGCUUAGCGACCAAGACUUCUUUGCACUGGUCGUCCUCAAAGUUCCCGCUCGCAUCCACAAUCUCGUCACCGCGAAGCUGGUGGAGCCCUUGUCCCAGGACGAGGAGACCAUCUCCCUAACCAGCGAUGGCGCCGAAUCGCCGCCCGACAAAGCCAUCCGCUACUGGGCCAACCUGGACCGCAGGGUCGAAGCCGUGAUUCAGCAGGGUAGUGGCGACAAUGUGCAAUUGACUGACGUCGUCGCCAAACUGGCCGAACAGACGACAGCAACACCGCAUCCGCCGGCUCCGUCUGCGUGGAGUGGCGCCGACUGUGGUAUAGGGUGGUGCGGUAUCCUAGUGUCUGUGGUGACCGUCGGUGUUGUGGUUCCGUCGCUUUACCUCUUGUACAUCUUGCUUUACGACAAGAAGCUGCACGAAGGCAUCUUACGAUAGUGAGCUUACUGUCGUGCUUAAUUCUGGGUGGCACCGGUUACCGCAAGCAGCGGACCGCACUUAAAAGGAGGCUCACCGAGGCCUUGGAUAAUGCUGAGGAUCGACUGUUGAUAUUUAAGUUGGUACGCGACGGGGUUGCGAAUGACGACGUGUCUGGUGAAUGCGAGCAAAAUUUAAGUAAUAUAUAGGAAUGCCUGCCUCUUAGUAUUUUUGGACGUUGCAUCGCGGUGCCUCCGACAAGCGGAACGAUUUAGCUCGCAUAUUCUAAAGGAACUAUUUUUAAACAUUUAUAUAUAUAUAUGUAUAUGUUAGGUGUACAGGGGGUCCCUACAUGCAUUUGAAGAAAAAAAAAGACUAUUUUUCAUAUUGUAUAUACAAUUGAAGAUAAAGAAAACAAUGAUCUUGUAUACAAUGACCGACAGGUGCUCCUGUGUGCAUCUUGUUGCAAAUAAAUUGUUAUCUGAAACAGCGAA